AUGCUCUUCAAAACUCUCGUUACCGCGUUUUUGGCUGCCUCUGGUGUCCACGCUCACGCUACGUUCCAGCAAUUUUGGGUUAACGGGGUUGACCAAGGCGACAAGUGCGUGCGCAAGCCGGCCAGCAAUUCGCCCGUGACAAGCGUAACAAGCAAUGAUAUCGUAUGCAACGCUGGCGCAGCUUCCACCAGCGGCAUCUGCUCCGUUGCUGCCGGCACGACGGUCAGCGUCGAAAUGCACCAACAGCCUGGCGAUCGCAGCUGCUCUAAUGAGGCCAUUGGAGGCAAUCACGACGGACCUACCAUCAUCUAUAUGGCCAAGGUCGAUAACGCAGCCAGCGCUUCUGGUUCCUCGGCCAAUUGGUUCAAGGUUGCCCAGACUGGUUUGGUAUCUAAAGACUAUUGGGGCACCGAUGUCAUGAAUGCUGCGUGCGGAAAAGUAACAUUCAAAAUUCCUUCAAACAUUGCUCCCGGUCAAUAUCUGUUGCGCGCUGAAGUCAUCGCAUUGCACGUUGCUAGCUCCGUUGGUGGAGCUCAAUUCUAUAUGUCUUGCUACCAGCUCCAGGUUACGGGCGGGGGCAGCGCCAGCCCAGCGACUGUGAAAUUCCCGGGCGCGUACAAAGCCACCGACCCCGGUAUCCUCUUCAACUUGUACGGCAGCUACACUACCUACACCGUACCCGGACCUUCCGUGUACUCUGGGUAA